AUGGCAGCGCCCGUGACUUUGCUGUGCCGGCCUGACCUGCACUCAGCAGAUGUCACCGUCAAGAACACCUUCAUUGAUGGCCACGGAGAAGACAGCGAUGCAGAACCCGCACAAAGGGCUCGCUACGCCACGUGCCCAGGCCCAGAUGUGAGCCCGAGCCUCUCCGAAACCACUGCUCCUGGAGAGUCUCCUGUGUCAGAAACACCUGACAGCACACUGACCUCCAGCAGCGGGCCAAGCACGUCACCGCAGAUGGAAGCAAAGAUGCCGAGGAGAUUCUUCAAGACUCUGGAAUCGGACAGCUCAACUCCCAGAGACCAUCACCGUAACUCGAUGCAAAGCGAGAUCAGCACACCGCGUGGGGAGCGACCUGGGACCAUGGAGCAGUGGCCCGAAUAUCCGAAGCAAAGCACGAGGCAGCCAUGGGCACCGCCAGCACAGCCCCAGAAUCCUUCCGCGACGCCGUACAUCAAUCUGUGCAGUGCACUGCCCUCGGCGCACCCUUCACAUCCGGCUGUCGCUUGUCCUGUUGCUCCAGCUGGAAUGGUCUACCCGGGUGCAUUCCCGGUGCCAUACCCAGCUUGUUUUCCUUACCCAAUGGCCACGCCCUAUCCAGUUCCGCGGCUUCCACAGCAGCUCCCACCCAUGUGGAAUGCAGUGGACCCGUUGGUGCAAGCCCAGCAGGCGGCGGCCCUUGCGGUGGCAGUGACCGCAGCCUCCUUGUGCCCCGUCCCUCCGGCUCCGGUCACUCCUAUGCCCGUGCUGCCCCUUCCCCAUGGGCCCCAUGUGCCCCAUGUGCCCCAUGCCAUGGCUCCCGAGUUGGCCUCCCUUGCGUCCCUGCAAGCCGAGACUCCGGAGUUGCCUCUGCCUGCUGACGCGGGGGACGAGGGCGAAGAGCGCAAGCCUCGCUCCAGGAGGGCUCGGCUUUGGGCGCACAUCUACUUGCGGAUGCAGCAGGAUGGCUUCGACCUUGUCCCGCGCCUCAUCGGCAGGAAGGGCUGCAACAUGCGAAGGAUUGCAGAGCAGACCAGCGCAAAAGUGCGCAUCCGCGGCCAGGGCAGUGGCCACUUGGAAAUCGAUGGCAAGUACGAGGCUCCCACGCCGCUCAUGAUUGCAGUGACCACGGACCAUGCCGACCCCGAGAUGUUCAAGCGGGCGAUGCAAAUGACGCUUAAGGUCCUAAAAGCUGUGGAAGGCUGCUACCGUGCCUUCUGUACCCGGAACGGCAUCGAGCACUCGGGCCCUUGCUACUGUGUAGGCUUUUUACAACCGAAGGCGCAAGAAGCUUUGGGCUCCUUGCUUGAUAGCGUGCCUCAGAAUUUGGAAGAACCUCAGACCACGAACGUGAAGUCUGAGCCAUGCCAGUAA